CUACAGGCUGCAGGAGCGCAAAGAAUCUCAUGUAGAAGUACUUUUAUUUCUCUAAACUUCACAGGAACGUUAGGUCUAAUAGGAGUAGAGGGGGAAUCUCCGAGGACCACUUUGCCAGUCACUGGAUCCUACGUUUAGAGGCGGAAUUUGGUGUCAAGGUCAGGAGCGGCCAUGCCAUUUGGCUGUUUAACAAUCGGGGAGAAGAAGGAUUAUAACAAUCCUUCAGACGUGACAGAUAAAUAUGAUCUGGGUCAGAUUGUUAAAUCGGAGGAGUUCUGCGAGAUUUUCAGGGCCAAGGACAAAACUACAAUGAAAAUGUAUACAUGUAAAAAGUUCCUGAAAAAAGAUGGAAGGAAAGUCCGCAAGGCAGCAAAAAAUGAGAUCCUCAUCUUAAAGAUGGUGAAGCAUCCCAAUAUUCUCCAGCUGGUGGAUGUCUUCGAGACCAAAAAAGAGUACUUCCUCUUCCUUGAACUUGCAACAGGCAGAGAGGUGUUCGACUGGAUCCUGGAUCAAGGCUACUACUCAGAGCGGGACACCAGCAACGUGGUGCGCCAGGUGUUGGAGGCUGUCGCCUACCUUCACUCUCUGCACAUCGUUCACAGAAACCUCAAGUUGGAGAACUUGGUUUACUACAAUCGCCUGAAGCACUCGAAAAUAGUCAUCAGCGACUUCCAUCUUGCCAAGCUGGAGAACGGACUAAUCAAAGACCCCUGUGGGACACCAGAGUACCUGGCUCCAGAGGUGGUUGGCAGACAGCGAUAUGGCAGGCCUGUGGACUGUUGGGCAACAGGUGUCAUCAUGUACAUACUGCUGUCAGGCAACCCUCCUUUCUACGAUGAAACCGAUGACGAUGAUUAUGAGAACCAUGACAAGAACCUGUUCCGAAAGAUCCUGGCAGGCGACUAUGAGUUUGACUCUCCAUACUGGGAUGAAAUCUCAGAUUCAGCUAAGAGUCUGGUUGCUCGUCUGAUGGAGGUGGAUCAAGACCAGAGACUGACAGCCCAGGAGGCUAUAAACCAUGAAUGGAUCUCCGGCGGUGCAGCUUCAGAUAAGAACAUCAAGGAAAAUGUUUGUGCACAAAUAGAGAAGAACUUUGCCCGAGCUAAAUGGAAGAAAGCCGUCCGGGUCACCACCAUCAUGAAGAGACUGCGAGCACCUGAGCACAGUGACUCGAAGGCAACCAGCCCAGCGGCCGGCGCCCCGGCAGCAGACGCCGCAGCAGAAGCUCCCCAGGCCGCCACCGACCCCUCUGCUCCUACAUCUACUGCAACACCCGAAGGAGCGCCCGCUGCCGUCACAGAGCUCCCUGCUGGAUCGGAGAUAAGCCAACCGGCGCCGGAGGCAGCAGCCGGGGCGGUCGUCUCAGCCGGGGAGCCACAGCAACCAAGCCCGGCGCCGCAGGAUGCCGAGCCCGCAUCUCGUUGUAACGGAGAAGCUUCGGCUGCUCUCCACGCAGCCACUGAGGCCGGGGACGAGCAGGGUUAGAAGCCACCCCACCCCCACCCGUCCCUGUGUGACCUCUGCAGUCCCAACCAACUCCUGCACACUGUACAUUAGCUGCUAGCAUGGUGACACUGACUCUGCUUCUCUCUCACUUGCAGCAUUAGUAUCAUCUCAUGGAGGCUGUGUGCUACCUUUCCUGAGUGCUGCGUCGAUUUCUUUCUAACACGUAUUGUGUCUUUUUUCACUGACCCUCCGGUGUUUUAUGUCAGCUUAUAUAAAAACCACGUCUAUCUCCGCACACUUGAGUUUUGGGGGUGAAAACAGAUCUGCUGUCAAGCUGCGGCUCACAGCAAAAGUCUUCUUUCUGAUUCUUCUCUUAGUGAUAAGAGAAUAUGUGAAGACAUAAUUGUGCUGAAAAACGGCUUUGAUUCCUUUUUAAUGAGCCAACUUGGGAAACUUCUCUCUGCCAGUCUUGCGAUUACAGUAUUUGUUCUUAGAAUCAGUAGAAAAGUUUUGCUUCGGAUAUUUUGACCUUGUACCGUGAUACUCAGUAAGUGCUGGUCCUCACACUUGAAGAAGAUCACAUAUGGUUAUCUCUCUUAUCUGUUCUCGUCUACACUAAGCAGUUAUUGUACAUAAAAUCAUGCUGAGAUUGGUGACUGAGGGUGGCGAGCUCUUUUAACAUUUUAUCAGUAGGCCAUAUCUGUAAAACUAUUUCAACAUGGCAGUAAUUCCCUUUUCACUCGUAACAAUAAUGAUUAUAUCUACAAUUGAAUUUCCAUACGAUGAAAAAUGGAUCAUAAAUAAUAAGUAGUGGUGAACCCUUUCACCGUCCGCUUCAUAUUACAGUUUUGGUGCAACCGCUUUCAGUUCAAUGCGGAAAGUUUUUGGCAUAAAGCGGGGCGCUACAGAUCUCAGUAUGCAAAGAAAGUUAACUAUUGUCCGCCUUGGCUAAGAACAUUAGGAACAUAACUGACACAUAUUGGCAUUUCCCUGCCAUGUCUAUUCAUCAAGUUCUACAGUUCCUGUGUUACUGAAAUGAAGUUGGGGGGAGAUGAUAGUAUGGUUCAAGUACUUUAAUCAUAUGCUCAAAUCGUGCAUCCUUCACAGGCUGCUUAUCUUUAGGUAUACCCCGAGGCAUCAGCCACACAUGCUGAACAGUUGCACACGGUUUUCUCUACUACCGUUAUUGUCAGAGGUACCACUACAUCCCUAAUACUCCCUGAAACAAUGCUGGUGGGUCCUCUAACUGUACUUUCUCUUGUAAACGUGUUAUUUGCUAAUUGUGCUAAUUGAGAAGUCUUUAACUGGGUUAUUGGCGUGAGGCCAUUUUUUUCUCACAAUAACUUAAAUUUGAAAAAAUAUUUCUGUGCAACUCUUUGUGACUGAAAUCUUUGAGGCUUAAAUGAGCCAUACAGCACAUACAUGCCCCAGACAAUGACUAGCAGACUAAAUGGGUCAGCAAUCAGUGAUGGGCCCCAAAAACCCUGAUCAGAGCACCAGUAAUGGCUAAGAGACACUCUAUUCUGACUAUUUAUUAAAUAAUUGUAAAUAUAAUUCAUUCAUUCAUUCCUUAUCCUUAACCGACUACCUGAACUUGGGUCACAAGGGUCUAGAGCCAAUACCAGCUGAUAUUGGGUUAGAGGCUGGGUACACCCUGGACAGGUCUCCACUCGCUCUCAUUCAUUCCUACGGGCAAUUUAGACUCACCAAUUUAACCAAAGCUGCAUGUCUUUGGACUGCGAGAGUCAAAAUAUCUUUGUGGACAUGUUGGCUUUUUCAAACUAGGGAAGAAGCAGUUGUUAAAAUCUAAAAUGAUUAUUAUGGCGGCUGACUAAACGUUAAAAGGGCCUGCCACAGACUGGGAGUUAUUAUGCCCAGUAUUGUGUUUUAAACUAGGCAGCUUCACACAUAAGCACACACACACAUAUACACUCUGUUCCUUUCCUAACUUCCUGCUCAGGAAAGAACCUCAUAGCUGUAAGUGUAAAGAUUCUGUACAUAGAGACCUUUGUAGAAGUAGCCAAAACAGCAUGCAUCCUCACUUUUUGCUGUUCAUUUGACAUUUACAGCCACCAUACCGCCAAACGCCGUCUUAUCACAGGCCGCAGCACCCUCGCCUCCUGCCACAAGCCAUGCUGAGGCUAAUGUUCUUUUCAAAAGCACACUAUACAUUAUGCUGUCUGUUUCCACUCUUAAUUUAGCUCCCCUGCUGUCAAUGUGCGUUAUAUGAAAAAAACAAAAACAAAAAAAACAGUCUUCAUUACAUAGCAGUUCUAUGCAUCCAAAUUAAUUUGUAGCUUUUCUUUUUUAGAAACGUCAUGACAUCUUUUAUCAUCACAUGGCUUUUUUUUAAUUGGCUAGCUCUUAGUUAACUUGUAUCUACUUCGGUUUCAUCAUGUCCUUCCUCUGUGUUAGGAUAUGGACUCAAAAUGCCACAUAUGUCUUAAUAUUUGGUUGUAACUGUAAAACAAUAAUGUGCAUUAACUGACCACACGCGGCUUUCAAGGGCAUCAUUUUAACUUUGUGGUAACCAACUCAGCUUUGCUGACCUGUAUUGUACUAUAAACAAUGUAUGAAGCACAUAUUUGACAUUUAUGAACUUAUUACUUAUUAUUUAUAUUUUUUUUUAUUACCAUACCUCUUUUUGCUUUCUUUUUUUUGUUCUUCAACUCUUUUGAUCAUGUGUUAAUGCCAUAGAUUUUUCUCCUAAUACUUGAUAAACAGUAAUAACAAUGGUAACACUUUAUAAUAACCAACAUGAAUAAUUAUAUUGCUAAUAGUUAAAUAAACUUUUGUUAGAGUUAAUUUACUGUUAAUAAACCAUAAAAUGAUAAUAAGUAAUUUUACAGUAGAUUCGAUAUGGAAAGAUUUUAAUUUAUUGUUGCACACAUUAACACAUUUUCAUGUUAUAUUAAGGAUUUGUAAAUUAUUAAUUACAAAUAAUUUGGUCAUCAUUAACAAAUACUUUAUAUAUGACAUAAAAUAUAAAGUGUGCAGCAAUAAAUUGUUAAUAAAGUGUUAAUAGUUAACUUUAUUAAUAAUAAUUUCAUUGUUAACAGUAAACUAUCUAUUAACUGAAGUUUAAUUAGCUAUCCAUUUACCAUUAAUUUAUGAUGGUUAUUAUAAGGUGUUACCAUAACAAUCCUCCCUAUCCCGUCACUGGUCCCCUGGAGCAUUAAUAAUGAGUUACAGAAGGAGUUUUCUGUAAUCACUUUAGAGGAAAUUGAGCAAUAUUCGAAUGGCUGCAGAAACUGUGAUUCCUGGUGUCCUUUCGAUAAAGUCCUGUAAGUACCUGUAAGUACAAGUCUAUAGUCCUCGCCAGCUGUCAGGCCCAUCAGGGCCACUUAACUAACACAUGGCUGCUGUUACAUAAGUGUGUGUAUGUGUGUGGGGAGGGUAAAUAGGACCAGAUUUGCCCUUCUGGCUUGUGAGUCCACACACACACACACACACACACGCACACACACACACACACACACACACACACCGAACCACAGGUUUUCAUUCGCUGGUCACAUAAAGACAGCAGCCACAUUAAUGUGGAGUCACAAGAGUGCCCUAAAAAAGAAAAAAAUCUGUAAGAGAAUGAGAAAAUGAAUGUGGAAAUAAAACAAGGAAUAAAUAAGUGGAAAUAUGAAGAGAAAUUUAAUAAAGAACAAGUAAAUUGUUCGGUGGGUAUAUAUAUAGAGAGAGAGAAAUAAAUAAGUAAAUAAAUAAGGAAAAUAUAAUAUAAAAAUCAAAUGUGUUUAUUUCUGUAUAUAAUUAUUUAUGUAAUUUAAAAAGUAUUUAUUUAUUGCAAAAAUAUUCUAUUUUUCCUGCAUAUAUUUUAUUCAUUUUAUUUUAUAUUUUUUUAAACCCUUUAUUUUUCCUUAUUUUUUUUCCAAAUAACAUUUAUUUUCCCUUUUGUUUUAGCCACAUUUAUAUAUUAUUCUUUCUUUCUUUCUUUCUUUCUUUCUUUCUUUCUUUCUUUCUUUCUUUCUUUCUUUCUGUCUUUAUUUCUAUUUCCCCAUUUAUUUUCUAAUUAGUCUUUUUUACAGAUUGAUUCUCUUUUUAACAUUUUUUAAUGGCACUCCAGUGACUCCAUGCAGUGGAUGAUAUAAUAAUGUUAUGGCUCCCAAGGUCACUUUGUCUGACUCCAAUCUGUUGUCAACUGUGAACACCUGUGAAUUUAUAUGAAAAUGUGCAUUUCAGAUUUUAAAAAAGGGGAUUUCGACAAAGCUGAUCACAUUUAUAAUCUGAAGAAGUUUGACUUUGUUGUUGCAGAGUAUUUUAUUUAUACAUGUAAUCUCCUUUUGAUUUGUGCUGAUUGGUGGACAGGCCAGUCAUUCAGAUUAUACCGCUAUAUCACUUCUUAUGUUGUUUAAGAUAAAUAUUUCAACGAGAGGCUUAAACAGAAAAAUAUCAGAUAUUUUUAUGUGAAUAGAUUCUUUCAUGUCGUCCGUUCUCUUUGUUUAGAUGGCAAAUAAAUACUGUUUGAACACUGUUACACAGUUUAAAGCAAUGCUUUUUUCCAAUACAUUUCUUCACUGUAUUUAGUAUUCCAUGUCUGUUCAUUUUGGUAUGCACUUACAGGUGUAUUUGUAGAUGUGAUGUUUGCCAGGACCAGUGGUCACCUGUAGGUCCUGUCUUGCAUUUGUGAGCUCUGUACCGUACUCCUUGACUGAGUUAAUGACUUUGAUGGUAAUAAAAUUCUAAAUCAUC